AUGGCUCCACAAUUACGGACCCGAGAGAUAGCAUCUAUGAAUAAUGAUGCUUGUGGUUUUUCUGGUCUCUGGUACGUUGUUACCGACACAGGUUAUGCUAUAUACGAACGUAUUUCAAUAGUGAUUGGCUUCAUAUUCGCUCGCCUCCGUAGUAAACUCUCGCGCAUCCCCUACUUAGGCAUUGUUCAAGUCACCUUUGUCUGGCGAGCUGCACCCGCUGAGCGGACGUGA